AUCCGCCACUGCAUUGGAUGGGAGUGUUCUGGCUGCAGUUUUGAGAUCGGCGAAUGUGAAAGACGUUGUGCCAUAGGGCGAUGGUGGGGUGAUUGGAGCGAAUGGUCAAGCGGAAUAUCUAAAAUUCGCUAUCGCUCUUGGUGUUCGCUGGGCAUUGAUGGAAAAUCCCUCAUCACGUCGGUUGUCAACGAAACACACUUAUCUACAGCUGAGGAAUCUGUCUGGAGCGACUGGGAACUUCGUCAUGGGGUCGCUUUUCGUUACCGAAUUCCAUCAAACUUCCCGCUCAACGCCUCCAUCGACAUCCAGCAUCAACUGAUCUCUUACAAUUCGCCAACGCGUGUGUCGUUAACGUUCUGUGUGUACCUGAGCAUUGCCGCUAUGAUAACGGGUUUUAUAGCUCAAUCUAGUGUUUCAUGGAUGUUUUCUUCAUGCAGAGAGAGAAAAUAUAGAUACUGA